AUGAUGAAGAUGAAUACAAAAGGAUACAAAGAAUUGCUGAUGCAGAGGAUGUUCUUAGCUAUAAUUUCUAGCAUUGUGGUACAGUUUUGUCUUGUGACAUGCUUACUUUUUAUUACAAACUUGAACAUGGAUUAUACAUCAUGGAUACAAAACACAUGGACAACAGUAACCUCCUUUCGAAUGUGGAGUUACUUCUGUGUUCUCGCGAUUGUUACGUUCUUUCAAGGAGUUAUUUGUAGCAAAAGUUACUCAAAUGUUCCACCCUACUUGAAAAGCAGAUUUAUAAAGUUUUGUGAAAUAUUCACAUCUCAAAAUAUCUUGCUGUGUGGUUUACAUGUUAUUACUGGUAGCCUUCUUAUUUGGUUGCAUUUAUCAAUCAAAGGAGGUAGAUACAGUUUCUUAAUGACAGAAUGUAAUGUAAUCUAUGGAACUUGUUUAAUGGAAGAACAUUACUUUUUAUUCUUAAGUGGAUUCUGGAGUGGAUUAUAUUUCUUUUUGAAGACUAGUAUUUUUCAUACAAAAUAUUUAAGAUUUCCAAUUAUAUCCUCAUCAAAGCUUUCUCGAUUUAGAGCAGGUAUAUAUUCCAUGCUUCCAUCAUUAAUGGCUCAAUGCAUAUGGCCUACUCUAUAUUAUUUUACUGGUUAUUAUUUUUUGGGUUCAUAUUGUCGCUCUAUAAUACUGUUCCUAGCAUCUGCACAAUUAGAAAGUGAACCAUUGGAUAGCAUUCCAGUUUUACUAAACAUGUCAUUGGUUUUUCAAUUGUGGUUGUACCAAUUGGUAUUUACAUUGACAAUUGACAGCAUGUAUUUAUUGUUUGAAUUACAUUUGACAGAAUGGGUACCUUUUGAAUUCAAACAAAAUGUAUUUAGUAAUGAUGCAUCAGGAGUGACACUUUCUGAAGCAUUAUCUAUGGAUAAAGUGCCAAUAAUACAGCAUCUAGGCUAUUUGGAUUUGAUCACAAUGGCUCAAAAAGACAAGACAAGAAGAAGCAUAUUAUUUACACUAAGUCAACCUGGAGGUCAUCCUUAUAAUUGGAAUUGUGUUGUAGAAAAAUGUACUGGUCUGAUAAAAAGAUUUUCUGAUGAUGUUAAUGAAGCAUGUGUUAAAGCUCAAGAACCACCUUUAUGUAGUUCAAAUUCAACAAUGGUAGUUGAGAGUAAAUUUCAGAAGGAAUAUGUAUAUCGUAUGCGCAAUUUAACAAAAGAAAAUGUGCCAGUGUCUACAGAAGAAAGUGACAUAAAAAAACUUGACAAUGAUUUGAAACUACUUAGUCAAACAUUUAUAAAAGCAAAAUGGAAUAAUUUUCUCACUUAUUUGUUAUCUAAACCACUUAUUUCUUACAUCUUUGGUGAGAUAGAGGGUGGUAAAGUGUGUCAUCUUUUAUUCAAUGGACAAUCAGUAAUUUGGGCUGCAGAGGCAAUUUCCUCUUUAGCUGUAUUAUCGUUAAAUGAAGAUUCUUAUGGAGUUGCACAAAAAGAUUUGCCACUUAUAAUCAAUACUUUGCUUGCAUUGAAACAAGCCCUUGAUAAAUUGCAGAAAUCAAAUGUUAUGGCAAAGAAACAAGAUGGAAAUGAUAGGUUUGACAAAGAAAUCUUCCAUUCUUUACGUGCUGCAACAAAACGAAGUCUCUAUAGGAUUGUUACAAGUUUUGAAGCUUAUUUUAGUCACAUGGCAUUAGAAUUUACAACAAUGGAACAAUUACACAGUUUUCUUGUUUAUAGAGAAUAA